GUACGAUCGAUACGUUGGUUGACAUCUCGACUGUGUGGACACGCCAAGUGACCUCGGCCACUCAACGGCAGAGAUAAGGUUUCGACAUAUCAGUCGUUAUCCAGAUAUGAAGACAUUAAGAAUUUGCAGGUAGACUUCAGCUGCCAGCGAGAUCAUUCUCAAGAAGCACUGAUACCAAGUGAGCAGCUGUCGCACCGCCACCAAACCUGCUUCUUUUCACACCUUUAUACAAGAUUUCAGCAUGUAUCAGAUUGUUCCAGGAGCUCCUGGAGAGCAGCAUGUGAUUGACAGAGCCCAUGGCUCCCCACGGAAAAAGAAAUUUGGAGAGGAUAGCCGGCCGAUGGUGCUGGCAGGUCUGUUGGGUGGUGUGCUGGUUCUGGCCGCUGUCAUCGCCUGGUUCUAUUAUUCAUUGUCUCUUCGUAAAGCCCAUCUGCUGAAGGCCGAGUCACUGGACCUGAAAAAAGAUGGCUACGUUAUACGGAACCAAGCCGGGGAGGCUGUCUUCAGCAUGGCAUUCAGGUCUGGCGCUCUAGAUCUGGACUCCUGCACAAAGGAGGGACAUAUUCUCAGCUGUACUCGGUCAGAAACUGGCAAGCUGAACUUUUUCAUCCAGACAGUUAGAGAAAAGGACACGGUAAUGUGCUAUCGCAUUCACUGGGAGGAGCUGAUGGAUAUGAGCUCUGUGGAACAUGCCAUGGCCUACAAUAACUCUCACUGGUACGGAGGAGCAGAGAUGGCAACGCAGCACUGGCCUAUAAGAAACCAAGGCGAAAAGGAACCGUCUCCUUUCAUCACCAGCGAUGUUUACUCCAAUCGAAAUGCAUUUGGGGGAAUCCUUGAGCGUUACUGGCUGUCUUCCAAUGCAACCGCAAUAAAGAUUAAGGACUCUGUCCCUUUUCAUUUGGGCUGGUCAGAGAAGAGCAAGACUCUCAGAUUUGUGGCCCGAUACCAGGGCUCUCCUUUUAAACCACCGGUGGGACAUUCCGGCUUCCCUGAGCUCAGCUACAGGGUCUGUGUGGGGCUGGAUCUCACAUCACUUCACAAAUAUAUGGUGCGUCGAUACUUUCCAAAGCCCAUCAGGGUUCCAUCCCAGGAAUUGUUCAAAAAGCCAGUGUGGUCCACUGGGGCUUUUUAUAAGACAGCUGUAACUCAGGAGAAGCUGCUGCGCUACGCAUCAGACAUCAUUAAAUAUGGCUUUAAGUGGUCCCAUUUAGAGCUGGAUGACCGCUACACCACUGACUAUGGAGAGUUUGACUUUGACCCCCAGAAGUUCCCCAAUGCCAGCGGUAUGUUUGAAAAACUCUUUAAAGAUGGAUUUCAGGUGACGCUGUGGACACAUCCUUUUAUCAACUACGACUCUAUAAAUUUCGGAGUUGCUCUGGAGAAAGGACUGUUUGUCCACGAGCGAAGCGGAGAACUGCCCGCCCUGGUCCGAUGGUGGAAUGGGAUUGGAGGCAUCUUGGACUUUACAAACCCAGAAGCUAUUACAUGGUUCUUGUCACACUUAAAUUCCCUCACAAGGCGCUAUAAUGUGACGUCAUUCAAGUUUGACGCAGGGGAAACGACCUACCUCCCUCGUGAUUUUAGCACUCUGAUCCCUCUGUCUGACCCCUCCACCUUCACCCGGCGCUAUGCCGAGAUGGCCAUACCUUUCAGUUCACAUGCCGAGCUCCGUGUGGGUUACCAGAGUCAGAAUAUCUCCUGUUUCUUCAGGAUCAUUAACAGAGAUUCAGUUUGGGGAUAUGAGCUUGGCCUCAAGUCUAUCAUCCCCACUGUUCUGACUAUAAGCAUUCUGGGAUACCAGUUUGUCUUACCAGACAUGAUAGGAGGAAAUGCGUACCCCAACCGAACUACAGGUUUGGUAAAUGAAACACAUGCUCUGCCAGACAAAGAGCUGUACAUCCGAUGGUUAGAGCUGUCCGCUUUUAUGCCUGCCAUGCAAUUCUCCAUACCACCAUGGGCUUAUGGCGAUGAGGUGAUUCAGAUUGCACGGACAUUUUCAGAGCUCCAUGAAACUGAGGUGGCUCCUAGGGUUCUUGAGCUGGCAGGGGAAGUUGUCGGUACUGGAGACCCCAUCAUAAGGCCUCUGUGGUGGAUCGCCAAAGACGACGAGGCAGCCUUUAAGAUUGACUCCCAGUUUCUGAUUGGGGAUGACCUUUUGGUGGCUCCAGUGUUGGAGCCAGGAAAACAAGAGAGGGACAUUUACCUCCCAGCAGGUCACUGGAAAAGCAAAAAAGGAACAUACAAAGGUCCCAUGUACCUCACUGACUACCCUGUGGAUCUGGAUGAGUUAGCUUACUUUUUAUGGGUUGAGACAUAAAAAAAUAACUUUACAGAAAGAUGCACUGACAGAUGCACUGUAUCUUCAGCAAGUAAGCCAGUAAAUGACACAGAAUGUUUGCUUUCUAAAGGGAAAGUUCACAUUUUGGUGGAUGUUGUGUCUAUGCAUCCAACAAGCUGCUCUUCUUUGCCUGAAUAAAUAAAUUCCCUUUUUGAAGAGAUGCACCAAUCAGAUCUUUACUGACCAACACAGGUCUCUGAUUUUCUUUGAAGUUAGACCUGCUGAUUUACAUAUUUUCCGUAAGAACUUUUAACACGUUGAAAAAAACAUGUCAUGUUAGAAAAUUUAAUUCAGGUCCAGAACUCCACUGUGACCAGCCACACAAGAAACUAUUCUGAAUAUGUGCAAAAAAAGAAGCUAAAACUGUCAAAUUUGACCUGAAGAAAAUAAUUUUAUUCUUCUUUCUUGCAACUCUGAAAGUGGGAACUAAUUUUUCUGCUCUUGUGGAAUAUGUAUGAGCCUUUAAUCUCAUUUUCCUUGCGGUACACAAAUAUAGGAUGUAAUUUAAUUCACUGACUGUCAAUGUCUUGGCAUUUUGAAGACAGUAAGAUAAAAGGGCAGUAAAAAGUGACAUCCUUGGUCAGGGAACACUUUGAAUUCACAUUCUUUAUCCCGGUAUGCAUACACUAUUCAAACAUGGAUCUUUAGCUUUUAUAAGUUUAAUAAAUAAAAAGAAAAUCAGAAUCUGCUUUGCAAAUUACUGAUCAGAGCCAAUCAAGCCAGAUAUGGUUAUUGAUUUGUGCAUCUCGUUUUUAGUUUUCUUUACAUUUUUAUGCCAAACCUCAUCCUCAUGUGCCUUCCAUCAAGCGAAUCCUUGAUAGUGCCAUAACUAAAGCCUUCCUUUGUAGUGCAGAAAACUAAUCCUCAAUGCCUAACACCAUCAGCUUUAGAUGACAUGCAACUAGGGUCAUGGUUGUUUUUCUAAACUAAACUAAAAUGCAGGGUAGCUCAGAUAACUGUGCCAUAAGAUAAGGAGUACAUCUGCUGGAGGCUUUCUGGAUGCCAAUAUGGAUCCUGACUUGGGCUUUUGGACCUCUGGUAAAAGUGCUUGUCUGAACUUACCAACUUUUCAGCUGCCCAAGUUAACAUGCAUAAACUUACAUUUUUGAUUUCUGCACUUUAUUGUAAUUUCACUUGACAAUAACAAACAGUUGAAGGAGAAAUCCUGUCAUUCUAGGUACUUGUAAGCAAACUGCAAAUUGCUUUCAGGCUGGUGAUUCCUGACCUAUUGUGCCAUUUCACUUUCAAAAUUGCACAAGCUAAAUUUAUUGCUCAGGGUGCCAUUAAUGUUGAGAUGUUCUUUAUUUACAGUAGCAGGUUUAUUAUAAAUUAUUUUUCUGUAUGAUGCCAUAUUUUUCCUGUUCUUCACAUUUGCCUGGUCGUUUUCUUUCCUUAUCUCUGCUUUGCAAAGUAAGCAGCGAAGUCUUGAUACAAUUCUGUACACGCUGAAAUGCUUGAAGCCACGUCUUUGCAAAUGCAUGAACUAUUAUGCACUUACAGUGAUUGCUAGCAUGAGACAAAAGCACAAAAAUGGUUAAAUUAUCUGGACGUAACACUCUUAAUAUAUUGAUAUGUCAUGAGGUUUGUCUUUAGACCUGAUUUGCUUUUUAGCAGAGCUGAAAACAGCUGGCAGGAAGUGAAAAGAUGACAGCAGAAUGUAAAAUGUUACCUUUACAGAGAGUUUAACCACCCAAAGACUUUUUUAAAGGGAACUCUGUUAAUAAUCAAAAAGAUACGCUGAGCUAUUUCUGAUGUUUAUUGAAAUUAACCCAGGGAACUCCAGCGUGACAGUAGAGAUCUUUCAAGGCUUAAAGGGGUUUUUUUUUCAAUUUUGUUUUAAUGGUAACCCUUUUGGCUGCUGCACAUAAACACUUGGUAUUUAAAGGGCGAGUGCCAAACAAUUUGAACAAUACAUUAUUAAUGCAGCGCAUGUAUGUUUGAAGUGUUGCAUUUCUCACAAUGAUUCUGUAUAGAUUUCCUAACAUUCUGUAGGUUUGAAUGAAUAUGAUUGCUCUGCAACAUUGUGCCAUAUUGUAAUUAUUAUUGUAUUCAUAUGUAAUAUUUUUAACAAGGUUGUAUGUGUAAAAAAUAAUUUUUAGUUCUCACACUCCUGAUAGUGUUUGUCUGAUAAAUCAAUGCCAGCAGUGUUUCUUCUGAUUAUUGACUUUCUUUAUUUCAACUUCUUUUAUUGAAUGUACUGCAUGACAUGCAAAAACCUGAUAUGGCAUGUGAUUUCAGCACAGUCUCAUAGUUAUCUUCCUCUUUCAGUGAGGGGACAACUUUCUUUUCCAGUGUUAAACUCAAUUUAACUUUACGUUUAAGUCAUGCGAUAUGUUAAAAGCAGUCACAUUUGGUUUCCCACUGUUAUUAUUUUGCUGCUGUGUUAAAAUAUAUUUGGGCACAAUCUAACCUUAUUGUGUUGAUUUUGACUUGAUUUGUCUCACUAAUAAAUAUAAUACAUUUUAA